AUGGCUUCACUCACACUGUCACUGCUGCAUCUGCUGCUUAUGGUCUCAGUUGCAUCUGCAUGGUCCAUGUACCCUUACUACAGGUACUAUGGAGGCUCAGUGACCUUCACCCCAAAAAGACAAAAUUCAGAUGGGACUUAUGAGGUGGAAUUUCGCAACAAACAAACCUCAUACUACUGCUACCAGAAUGGCUACACUUGUUACUACGGUAACUGCGGAUCCCAGACCCAGACGACUAAUGCACUUAUUGCCAGGAACUCCUACGGUCUCACCUGGUGCCAAUACGAGGUGGUGACAAACAGAAAACUCAGCAGCAACCAACCUUUUGCAAUUAGAUACCCCACAAGCUACAAUUCUCGCUAUGGUCAGGGAUACUGGUAUUCAAACGUCAGAAGUUCACAGGCCGCUUGGAGAAUGAUGGCACAUGUAGACCUGGGAACCCGAUCUGAUACUGGUGAAUCUAACAGAUCUCCCAUCACCACCAUGCUGCCUGUUCUCAGAGUACCCAGGAACUGCCCACGGUCAUUCAAUAUGACUGUAUUUGACCCUGAUGGUGACCGUGUCAGAUGCAGGGUACCAACAAGAUCAAGUACAUAUGAGUGUGGGCUGUGCGGUCUGGUCAGUGGUUUCUCUUUAGAUCAGAACUCCUGCUCCCUUCAGUAUACCCGCAGUACUAGAGUUGGAUUCCAUCCAAUUGAGCUUGUGGUGGAGGACUUUCCCAACAAAUACAUAACUCUGUCCUACUCUAAUGGUUACUACACAUCAAAGCACCCCCUUUCAUCGGGAAGGCGUAAACGUCAACUCCCAAUCACCACAGCUGAACCAACCACUACCACAGCUGCACCAACAACCACCACAAAUGCACCAACCACUACCACAGAUGCACCAACAACCACCACCGAUGCACCAACCACCACAGAUGCACCAACCACUACCACAGAUGCACCAACCACCACAGAUGCACCAACCACUACCACCGAUGCACCAACCACCACAGAUGCACCAACAACCACCACAGAUGCACCUACAACCACCACAGAUGCACCAACAACCACCACAGAUGCACCAACCACUACCACCGAUGCACCAACAACCACCACCGAUGCACCAACAACCACCACUGAUGCACCAACAACCACCACUGAUGCACCUACAACCACCACAGAUGCACCUACAACCACCACAGAUGCACCAACAACCACCACAGAUGCACCAACAACCACCACAGAUGCACCAACCACUACCACCGAUGCACCUACAACCACCACAGCUGCACCAACAACCACCACUGAUGCACCAACAACCACCACAGGUGUACCAACCACAACCUCAAGGCCUUACCAAUCAUCGAUUGAUCCUCUAAGCAAGCUUCCCCUGCAGUUUUCUGUUCACGUGGACUCUUACCAAGCCCGAUCAUGCCUUGAUGGAGAUUACUUUCCCAUUUUCCUGUCACCAACUCCGUCUAAUGGAGUAAAUCUUCCUGCCUUUGUCAACCAAACCCUCGAAAUCAAAGUGGUAUCCACUGCACAGUACAGCACGAUUUAUGACCUGAUUAUCGCUGGACCAGAGGGCAUUUCAAAGCAGAAAAUCUCCACAGAAGAAUUCGUCAUAAAAUGGACUCCAACUGAUAAUGAAUUAAAUGAUCACUUCCCUAUUUGCUUUGUUUCUGAAGCAAGAGACAAAGUCUACAGACAUCAAAUCUAUCAAUCAGAGCUGCGCUGUGUGAUUGUUGACGUUGGACACCAUGAGACCACUGUGACAUGCAAUGAAACAACAAUAACGGUGGAAGUGGAGAAGUCCUACCUCAUCAGACGCAAUGAGGACAACUUGCACCUGAAUGACUUCACAGAUCCUUCCUGCAACCUGACAACAAGUUCCAACAGUACCCACCUGGUCGCUGUCAUGUCGCUGAACACCUGUGGAACCCUCAUAGAGGAGGAUGAAGACAACAUCAUCUUCAAGAAUGAGAUCACAUCUGCCGACCCAAAUCAGAUCAUCUCCAGGCAACACGACGUCGAGAUCGCCUUUUCCUGUGUCUAUCCAAAGAGAACCAACGUGACUCUGGGAUUCAGCCACAAAAACCCGUACGCCUUCACAGAGAAAGGCUUCGGUGCUUUCACCUUCCAGUUUGAAUUCUUCGACAGCCAGCUCUUCAGGACACAAAAGGAUGCCAGCACUUACCCGGUGGAGGUGUACCUCAAACAGAUGAUCUUCAUGCAGAUUGAGGCGACAACCUCCAUCCCCAACACAGAGCUGUUUGUGGAGUCCUGCAAGGCGACUCCCUAUGACAACCCAAACUCCCGCAUCAGAUACACCAUCAUCGAAAAUGGGUGUGUGAAGGACAACACAGUGCAGAUAUAUCCCAGCUCCAAGUCUCAGUUCAGAUUCGGGAUGCAGGCUUUUGAAUUCAUCGGUGCUCAUGAGGAGGUGUACAUCACUUGCUCAGUCAUCCUGUGUGAAAGUGGGAUUUCUGGAACCAGGUGCUCUCAGGGAUGCAUCAGAUCCGACUCAGGGAGCCAUCGCAGCAAAAGAGAAGCUGUGGCUCAAACUUCCAGUCACUCCAUUUCCCAGGGACCUUUGCGCCUGGUGAGAACUUCUGACAGCCAAGUUUCUGGCUCGAGCAUGAAUCUGGGCUUGAACAUCAUCUUCAUCGUUGGCUGCCUCCUGGUCUGUGUAGUGGUGGUCUACAGAUCGAGGAGGUCCAAAGCUAAAUACCAACCCCUGCCAACUUCUGAGAUGGACUAAAGACCCAAAAACCUUUUUAAUCCACUCAGAUGAUGAGAAAGAUUGUCAGCUACAGUUUAAUCUGUCUGUUUUUUGUAUAGUUUUUUAGGGUAUCGGUGGUUUGAAUCACUGUCACACAAUCCAGAGUUUGAAAAGUUAGACAUUACUUUGAUGGAUUGAGACGGAUGAAGUAUUUAGUGUGUGAUGAAACAUUUUGGGUGCAGUUUUAUUCAGUUUACUGGUUUUGGGCAUCUACAGGUCUACAGCCUUCUUUUUAAAUCAUAAUUGAUUAUUACUCAUAGACAUUUUAGGGAAAUAUUUUAGUCACUUUAUAUGAAUUUGAGUGUCACUAUUGUUUUAUGCUAAUGAAGUAUGAUUUAAAAAGAGAUUCAGUGUCACUGUAAUGUUGAAUCACAUUUUUACCAAUAAUACCUGGCUGGAUUAACUUUCUAAGGGGUUUCAAGGCAAAGGUUUGUUCUUGAGCCUCUUUGACCCCCACUAUACAUGGUAGUACCCCAGAGUUGAUGUGAUUGGUUGGUUAGUUAAUUGACAGAAAGUUCAUUGACAACAAUAUUGAUAACUUAUUAAUUGUUUCAGUCAUUUUUUAAGCAAAAAUGCCAGAAAAUUCUCUGGUAGCAGCUUC